UUCAGUGCGCUUGCGCUGACAGACGCAAGAUGGCGGACAGUGCGGAACUAAAGCAAAUGGUUAUGAGCCUUAGAGUUUCUGAGCUCCAAGUACUGUUGGGCUACGCGGGGAGAAACAAGCACGGACGCAAACACGAACUUCUCACAAAAGCCCUACAUUUGCUAAAGGCCGGUUGUAGUCCUGCUGUACAAAUGAAAAUUAAAGAACUCUAUAGGCGGCGGUUCCCCCAGAAAAUAAUGACGCCUGCGGACUUGUCCAUCCCCAACGUACACUCAAGUCCUAUGCCAACAACUUUGUCUCCAUCCACCAUUCCACCACUCACUUAUGACGGGCACCCUGCAUCAUCACCGUUACUCCCUGUUUCUCUUCUGGGACCUAAACAUGAACUGGAACUCCCACACCUCACAUCAGCUCUUCACCCAGUCCAUCCGGAUAUAAAACUUCAAAAAUUACCAUUUUAUGAUUUAUUGGAUGAACUGAUAAAACCUACCAGUCUAGCAUCAGACAACAGUCAACGCUUUCGAGAAACCUGUUUUGCAUUUGCAUUGACACCACAACAAGUGCAGCAAAUCAGUAGUUCCAUGGAUAUUUCGGGGACCAAAUGUGACUUCACCGUGCAGGUCCAGUUAAGGUUUUGUUUAUCAGAAACCAGCUGUCCGCAAGAAGAUCACUUCCCACCCAAUCUUUGUGUGAAAGUGAAUACAAAACCUUGCAGCCUUCCAGGCUAUCUUCCACCUACUAAAAAUGGUGUGGAACCAAAGCGACCCAGCCGACCAAUCAAUAUCACCUCACUCGUCCGGUUGUCCACAACAGUACCAAACACCAUUGUUGUUUCUUGGACUGCAGAAAUUGGAAGAAGCUAUUCCAUGGCAGUAUAUCUUGUAAAACAGUUAUCAUCAACAGUUCUUCUUCAGAGAUUACGAGCAAAGGGAAUAAGGAACCCGGAUCACUCUAGAGCUUUAAUUAAAGAGAAACUGACUGCAGAUCCAGACAGCGAAAUAGCCACAACCAGCCUAAGGGUUUCUCUGCUGUGUCCACUUGGUAAAAUGCGGCUGACAAUUCCAUGUCGGGCCCUUACGUGUUCUCAUCUGCAGUGUUUCGACGCAACUCUUUAUAUUCAGAUGAAUGAGAAAAAACCAACUUGGGUUUGUCCUGUCUGUGAUAAGAAAGCUCCAUAUGAACACCUUAUUAUUGAUGGUUUGUUUAUGGAAAUCCUCAAGUACUGUACAGAUUGUGACGAAAUACAGUUUAAGGAAGAUGGCUCAUGGGCACCGAUGAGAUCAAAAAAGGAAGUACAGGAAGUGUCCGCCUCUUACAAUGGAGUUGAUGGAUGCCUGAGCUCGACAUUGGAGCAUCAGGUUCCUUCUCAUCACCAGUCCUCAAAUAAGAACAAGAAAGUAGAGGUGAUCGACCUAACUAUAGACAGUUCAUCUGACGACGAGGAGGAAGAGCCGUCUGCCAAGAGGACCUGCCCUUCCCUGUCUCCCACGUCACCGCUGAAUAAUAAGGGCAUUUUAAGUCUUCCACAUCAAGCAUCUCCAGUGUCCCGCACCCCAAGCCUUCCUGCUGUAGAUACAAGCUACAUCAACACCUCCCUCAUCCAAGACUACAGGCACCCUUUCCACAUGACACCCAUGCCUUAUGACUUACAAGGAUUAGAUUUCUUUCCUUUCUUAUCAGGAGACAAUCAGCAUUACAACACUUCCCUGCUUGCUGCGGCGGCAGCCGCCAGGGCCGACGACCCGGAGCUCCUGCACGUGUCCGACGACCAGGACCUCCUGCACUCGUCUCGGUUUUUCCCAUACACCUCCUCCCAGAUGUUCCUGGAUCAGCUGAGUGCAGGGGGCAGCGCCGCCCUGCCCACCACCAACGGCAGCAGCAGCGGCAGCAGCAGCAGCCUCGUGUCGUCCAGCAGCCUGCGGGAGAGCCACAGCCACACGGCCGCAAACAGGAGCAGCACCGACACGGCCUCCAUCUUCGGCAUCAUCCCAGACAUUAUCUCCCUGGACUGACCCCUCCUCCCGUCCCCGUCCAGCCCAGAGCACAGGGACUUGGCAGAAAGAGGACUCUGUGCUCUGUUUUACCUUCUUCUGUUCAGAAAAGUACACAAGCGUGUUGUUGUUUUUUUUCCUUUUUUUAGGGAAAAAAUUAAAAGAAAUGUACAGAGAACAAAACUAUAUUUUCAGUUUUACUUUUGUAUAUAAAUCUAAGACUGCCUGUCUGAUAAAACACUUGUUUAAAAAAAAAAAAAAAGAAAGAAAAGAAAAGAAAAAAAAAAAACAAAAAUAAGCACCCACAAACCACCUUCGGUUCAUUUUUUCUGGAUUCUGAAGAUUUUUCAUCAUUUGUCCUAUGGUUUUGGUUUUAUUUUAUUUCAAUGGCAUUAUUUUAUUUGCAAUAACAGAAAAGGAAUUGCAUGUAUGAAGUUUUAAAUUGUGGGCUUUUCUUUGUUGUGGGGUGAGGGUUGUGGGGGGUUAGUUUGAUUUUCAUUUUUCUAGAAGUGACAGACUUGGCUUCUGUUUCUGUGUGCGUGCAUAUUAUAUCCAGCCUUAAGUUAUACAUCUCAUCUGUCCCACUGCGUUCCCUACGUGUUUGCAGGACAUAGCUCGUGGGUGUGUGUGUUCAGUGUAUGUGUCCGUGUGUGUUUUUCUACCAAUCACUACUGUUCCGAACCUCUCCUCUUGAGUUCGCAUUCAGUUAUGUAUCAGUUGCCUGCUUCUUUCCGAGUGCUUCGAAGGUCUUGAACUCACACGCGAGCAUCUUUUUCAAUCCUGACUGCAUGUUCUCUGCCGUGUUCUCUCUUAUUUGCUAUAUACCCCCUGAAAAUAUGUCUUCAGAGAUGUCAGAGGAAAGCUGUCUGGGUAAGCAGUCGGUUUAGCAGACCUGUGAAUAAUACACUUUAGUCUAGUUCUUGAUUCUAAAUCUGGAUUGCCAGUAUUGUGUAUUUAAUCCAAGUCUGUGAAUACCUGCUUUUUUUGGCCACAGGGUAACACGUUUUCAUGUCAGAUCUUCAUACCAAAGUAGGAGAUGAAAAUAGCGUAGUGAGCCCUGUUGAGUGUCCUGUGCAGCUGACAAAGGCAAGGGCACAUCACCUCCACCAAAAAAAAAAAAAAGGAAAAAAGCUAUCCUACAAGUAAAUCUGUUUGGGAAAUACAGUGCACUGCACACGUCUGUCUGUAGAAGUCUACUUGCUAUACAGUUGGAACUCUAAUGGGUUCGGUCCUUAGUCAUUUUUACUCUGGUCCUGAGUGUGCUUACUUCCUAACUACCUACCUUGUUUACUUUUUCCUUCACCUUCCAACGAGGAGCAUGACAUAGGGAAGAUAUUUUUUUUUUAGAAUUCACAGAUCAGUCGUAUCUACUACUCUUAUUAGUAAUGGCACAUGUAAAUAUAUUGAAAACUCUUUCAGGAGAUGAGUAAGAAUCGAGGGAAGGAAAAGGGGUUCUACUGGUGUUCCAAAAGCUUUAUCAAAGAAGUUAUGUUCUCAGAUGUGAAAAAUAUUUUUAGGUGAUGUGAGUGCAGGUUUAAGAAAAGAAAUAAAGGGCAUAAUAUGAUUCCCAGUUUUCCAGACUGGAUUCUUGUUCAUGUCACAACUGUUACUGUUGUCAGAGCUGAUGAAGGACCAGCUUUGUGUAUAAACUUGCUGUUUUAAAUCUCGUGUUGGUAACAGAAUGAGCUACUUUAACCCAGGUAGAAUUCAAGAUGGCUAGAUCUUCAGUUGUAUGAUAAAAAUUAUGGUUCACAUAACUGUGUACAGGCAUCUAAAAAUAAUGUUUUUACAGCAGUCUCUCUGCCACUAAAUUGUUGACUUGAAUUUUGGAAAACAGAAGUUGGUAUUGAUAUGUAUACGUGUGUGUGUCUGUAUUUAUAAACAAGUGUGUGUGAGUAACACGUGAGCUUCACAGUCUUCCCCUGUGCGUGUGUAUUCCACACAUACAUGGCUGAGUUAUUAUAGUCAUUAAACGACUUGCGAUUUUACAAAAUCCAAAACAGAUUGUCAGUUAAGACAGACAAUAGUCCAGUUUGUGAGUGAGUCGGGUGUUACAGUGGUUAGACACUAAGGGCCCAUUGCCUGUUAUUUCAGGCGGAUUUCUAACAAUGCCACAAUUUGUGUCUGAAUUUGGCUUGGGAUAGAAAUUAGACUCAUGGGCAGUUGUUUCUGGUUCUCUGGCUAUAUGUGACAGAGGGAGACGCGUUUCUAUUAAUUCGGCUACCUGAAGUAAAGCGGGCACUCCCUUUAUUCCUGGUUCGUUUUUGCUCUUGUCGUCAUCUCAAAGUUGUGGUCAGUAACUGUGUGUGAUGCUGAAUUACAAGCUCCGAGCAAUCCAGUUGGAAACCUGUUCCCCUACUUUCUUGAGCUCACUUUUGCAGAGGAUGAAUUGCCCUCGGUGUCCUGCAUUCCGCCAGCCCACGGGGAGAACAGGUAGUAGGACAAACAGCUGCGGGUCUGGCUGUGGUCACGCCGCCCCUGGAGAAAGUAACUGGCUGCUCGGCAGCCUUCUCGGCAGCCUUCUCGUUUGAGUCAUUCCCUCGGAGGAGCGCGUUUCCCUCCAUUGUCGGCUGUGCACGGUAGCCCGGUAAGCAGUCGCCGUCACGCUGCGGGCCUCCUGGGCGGGUCCGGCGGGCUCUGGUGAUCUGAAAUGGUUAGCAGGCUCGUGCACGCCGUCCGUAACUCCAGAGUUUGCAACUGCAUAGUGUCGCUUCGUCUGUCCUUUCAUUCACCCUCACUCCCCACCCAUGCCGGCAUUGUCGUGCCCGUCUGGGGACGAAACGCAGCUCUCAGAGUCUUCAGGCCGGUUGCCACCACCCCCUUGCCUUGGUCUUCCCUAACGGGUGUGCCUGCGUGUGUGUUUCUGUGCAGUGUGUGUGUGUGUCCGUGUGCACACAUUUGAUAAAAUAGCUGUUUGGCUAGCAGGGUUGAAGUCGCUUUUAAUUCCUUUGUGGGCAUUAUUGGACACAUCUUUAAAGAAAAAAAAAAGAACCUUAACCAUGUCAUGCUUGGUUGACUAAUUUAUUUUGAGCAUUAACAUUUUUCUAUUACUAAUUUAGACAUGUUCACAAUUUUACGUCAUUAGGAAAGACUGACUUAAGCUUCUGAAAGAUGUGAUUUCUUGGCAGAGUUUCCUCAGAGCCAAAUGUCUGAAGUUGAGGGAAGAUAUAUCCCAAUUGUAAAUUACUAAAUGUGGGAAGAGCAUUGUUUUCUAAACUUAAGACAAAACUUUCAAGAGCUUCAGGACUUUUUAAAGCACAUUCGAGAUUGUUUUCGUAAGGAUGUUGUUUUAUCGAUCCAUGCUGAAUUCUGUUUUUUAAUUCAACACAAAGCUUAGAUUUCAGAAAGGGGGGAAGCAUAGCAGGUGGUCUGAGUGUGCUGCUGCUGUCCAACAGGGGGAAAUGUAUAUAAACAGAUAUAUAAAAGUUACCAUCAACUCCAUGAACCUAAAUCUGUGAUUCAUUGCCUUAAAACUUUCUCUCUUAGGAUUUCCAUACCGCAUGCCAAACCAGUAAAAUGGCUUUUAAAAAUGUAUAGUAGACCAAUGUCAGUUUGUAUAAAAGUACCAAGUGAAAAUAUUUAUUACAUGCAUUGGAGAAAAAUUGUUUACCUAUUGAAUGUUACCUGUUUAUGUAGAGCUCUUUAGAUGUAAUAAAAGAAAAGCCUUCA